AUGUUUCGGGGACGAUGGUCUGGUGUUCUUCACCGUCUCACGGAGACGAUGCGCUCGACACUGAUCUGGAUCUCUCAGAUCUGUGUCCACCAAGAGCAGAAGCGGAUUCCAGCUACUGUCUGUCAGAGGACAGCUUUGCUAGCCCCGAGAAGGAAGCUCCGUCUUUGGUGCAUGAGCGGAAGUUCAUCGUCUUCGAGUCAUGCCUGGACCAGCUACUGGAGACGUGUCGCUCCUGUGCUGCCCCCAACACUCACAUCGACAAGACCGUCCAGGGCUCAAGCCUUCAGGUGUCUACGCUCUGUCGGAGCGGUCAUACAGAGACGUGGUGCAGCCAACCUGUCAUCAGGCGGAAGCCAGUUGGCAACAUCCUGGUGGCUGCUGCAAUCCUCUUCACGGGCUGCAGCAUCAAGAAGGCCCUGCGGAUGCUCAGUAGCAUGGGCAUCGCCUGUUUCUGCUACAAGACCUUCUUUAUUAUUCAGAAGGCCUUUCUGCUCCCGGCAAUCGAGAAGGUAUAUUGUUAUAUGAAAACCUUUCUCAUCUGGUAGUUUUACCAGUUGUGGAUAUUAAAU